UCGGCGCAACUGGAAACUCCUCUGCUGCUCCCUUGGCUCCAGCUGGGCCGCCCGCCCCAGCCCAGGCCAGCGCUGCCCGGUCCAGCGCUGCCCAGCCUUGAACUGUCCUGCCCAGUGCUUCCCAGCCAGCCCAGCCCAGCACUACUCAGUCCAGAGCUGCCCAGCCUAGAACUGGCCAUCCCAGCGCAGAUCAGCUCAGCCCAGUGCUGCCCAGCACAGCCCAGGCCAGCUCUGCCCAGUCUUGAACUGCCCUGCCCAGCACUGCCCAGUCCAGCACUGCCCAGCCUAGAACGGGCCAUCCCAGCGCAGAUCAGCUCAGCCCAGUGCUGCCCAGCACAGCCCAGGCCAGCUCUGCCCAGUCUUGAACUGCCCUGCCCAGCACUGCCCAGUCCAGCGCUGCCCAGCCUAGAACGGGCCAUCCCAGCGCAGACCAGCUCAGCCCAGCACAGCCUGCAGCAGACAGAUGAAGCGACAUCCGGGUGAAGCUCAUUCCUCAGACGUGGUGGGGGCAGGGACACAUACCCGUGUGCACUGGCACAUCUAGGCACACUCUGACUCCACUCUGAGAUGCACACCCGUCUUUAGACACACUCUCAUCCAGCCAGGUGCACACACAUGCACACACGCUAAAGCAUAUGUGUUCUCACUGAGGCGCACAUUCAGACACCCACUCUCAGGCACACUUAGAACUUACUGCAAAAACACUCGCACACACACCAAGGUGUGUGCACUCAUUCGCGCACACACUCAUUCACACACACACACACACACACACACACACUCACAAACGCUCACUCUGGAGCACCCACGGGACCUGGAAUAGACUCCUUGGGGAGCCAGCUGGCUGACAGGGCCCUGGGAGGACUUCCAGGCACUUCGGGACCAUCUCGGAGAAGGAGCAAGAGGCACAUUGCUUGGCAGCCCAAGCUCCAGGCUGCCCCAGGUCCCUGGGAGCCUCUUGGUGGUAAAUAGGCAGGGAGAGAUUUUUUUAUUUCAAAAGCAAACUUCUUGAAGAGGCAUGUUCAGGGGCUGUCCUGACAGAUUGAGGCCGACCCUCAGGGUGGGAGCUGGGCUCUCUGCCUCCUAGGGCCCCUUAAGCCCAUCCCACCUACUGGACAUGAGCCAGAGCAGCUGCGGAGGGAGAAGAGGAGUCGCUGGCCGGGCAGCUGAUCUGUUGAAGCAUGGCUUCCUGGCUCUGGAGAAGGCUGCGUGGGAAAAGACUCCCUGUCACUGGCUUUUGCUUCUUCCUGGCCCUGUCCAUGGCCGCCCUCACCGGCUUCUCUCCAGGCCUCCCAGCCCAUGACCCCGGGGGGCCUGCUGAGUCUCCUCACAAGGCCGGCCGACCCCUCAGGGCAAUGGAGGGCAUUCCUCCAGGCAGCCCAGAGGCUCUGAGCUCCAGUCAGGGUCCAAAGAUGGCCCCCAUGAGACCCUGGGAAGGAUGGGCCUCCCUGAAGAACUCCAGCUUGGCCUGCAAGGGUGAUCGAGGCUCCAGAGGUAGAGUAGGCCACGGCCAUCCCCAUCCUGGCAAGUCCAGCAGAUACCUGGGCCGGGCCAAGAGGGAUGCUGCUGCUGCUGCCACUGCCGCCGUUACCACCACUCUGAGAGACUUUGGUGCCCCAAGUCACCUGGACAUGACCAGGAACAUUCUUCUGGGGAGGAAGGAUGCCAGGGGCCAGAAAGCCAAGGGCCCUUUGGCUUUGAAACAUGUCUGGCGUGAUGACCACCUCCCAGAGCUGCCAAUCACGGAAAUCCCUCCUGGUGCCCGUCUGGAAGCACAGGCCAUCACUUCCCACCUUGAGGACUUCAGACCCAGUCAGGGUCGGCCCACCCUGCAUAAACCAGACGUUCAAGCAUUUGGGGUUGGGAAGGAGGCCCAGGGCGGGACAGCUGAUUUGUGGCCAGGCUCUGUGGAAGAGCUUCAGGGCUCUAUCUGGUGCGAUACUGGGAUGUCUGGGGGCCUCUCAGAGGCAGGUGAAAUCCCACCAUGGUUCACGGCAGACGACAUGUGGAAAAUGAGGCUGCUGGCCCGUGGAGAGGUGACUGGCAGAGCAAGGGUCCCCGGGCACGGGCAGGUCCUCCGAGUUGGCUUCUCUGUGGAGGGGAUCCAGAAUGCCCUUCCCCCUGACCUCGGCCAGCUGUGCUCCGAGGGGCUCUGUGGGCUGAUCAAAAGGCCCAGGGAUCUCUAUGAGGUCCUCGCCUUCCACCUGGACCGGGUGCUGGGCGUAUACCGCAGUUUGCCCGUGGUGGCACGACAUUUUCACAGCCCCCUGCUGCCCUACCGCUUCACAAGGGGAGAGCCCCGACCUGUGGUCUGGUGGGCCCCGGACAUCUGGCACCUGAAUGACAGUGACCAUGAUCAAAAUUCCUUUGCCCUGGGAUGGCUGCAGUACCAGGCCCUGCUCCGGCUACGGUGUGGCAUGGCCAGCUCCGGGGCUCCGCUGGGGGAGGCCCCCUGCCUGGGCGUCCGCCAUACUGAGUGGGCCCGGCUAGCCCUCUUCGAUUUCCUCCUACAGGUCCAUGACCGCUUGGAUCGCUAUUGUUGUGGCUUUCAACCGGAGCCCUCGGACCCGUGCCUAGAAGAAAGACUCCGAGAGAAAUGCCGAAAUCCAGGCGAGCUGCUGCUUGUCCACAUCCUGGUCCGGGAGAGUGACCCAUCUCGCUUGGUAUACAUCGAUAAUGCUGGCAAACCUUUGCACCCAGAAACCAAACUGAACUUCAGGCUUCUCGAAGGCAUAGAUGGAUUUCCAGAAUCAGUGGUGAAGAUAAUUGCCUCGGGAUGCUUAGCGAAUAUGCUGCUGAAGUCACUGCGGAUGGACCCAGAGUUCUGGGAGAGCCAAGGUGGGCACCAGGGCCUGAAGCCUUUGCUUCGCACCAUUGAGAGGAGAGGACAGAUCCUGCUGGAAUACAUCCGGGGGCACAACUUAACCCUCUUCAGGGAAGAGACUGAAGGAGGGGUCCAGGUGCCACUCACCUGACUAGCACCAGAUCUCAUGGUGGAAAACCAGGAGGACAGGCCUACAGUCAGGGAGUCAGUGUCUUCAGGGCUCCCCACGUUGCAAGGUGCAUUUUUCCACGGUGCAAAUGAAAUGAGUAGAAAACUGUUGCAAUUUCCUGCCCUCUGCAGCACCUCCAGCUGAGGCGGGCAAAGCAAACUGCUGACUCAUGGCUUUCAUGGGUGACUGUCCCCACUAUCACCUCCCGGGGGGGUCUUUGUCACUGCCCCAGCUGCCUCUCCUGUCACUCCGGCAGGGAGUGACAUUUGUGAGGGUGGCAUGUCUCUGGAAGGACAGCUUUUGACAUCUUAGAGGAAUUUCUUUGCCACUCAUAAGUCUUGACUUAGCGCCCUCUUCAUGCCAGGCAGGCACUGGGCUAGGCACCGGAGGAUACAAAGACAAAACUCAGAAUACUGCCUGCCCUCAAGGAGCUUCCAUUCUAUGUGAAAGCACAAGGGCUUUCUGACUCCCCAGCCUGGAUGCCGGUAGUUCAGGUCAAGCAUUCUAUGCAAAUUCAUCCUGAUGCUGCACAGGGUCAAUCUCAAGUGUGUGAACAAAGGUGCUUGUCUGUCUGGAUGCCCGACUCUGUGUGUGCGUCUGACAGUGUGCAUCAGGCUGAAGGGGGAGGGGAAACAAUUCUCCUUGUGUCCCCCUCAGCUUGGAGACAGACUCAGGAGGGCUGUGGGGAGACGUGGAGCCCAGCCUGGGCAAUGAAGAAUUGAGAAGAAUUUAUUUUCAGAGCUGAAUUUCUCAGUGUCUGCUCAGACGUGAAAGCUGCUCUGUUUUCAGUUGUAAUUUCAAGCUGAUAAGGGGGACAGCUUUCGAAGGUUUGGCCAUCAGCACACUCAUUUCUAGUCCCAGCUGCUUCAUUUAGAGCCCCUGACUGCGAGGCAGUCCUAGAGGUGCUGAACUGUGCUAUCACUCACAGGUAGAGCUGAGUGGGCUUUAGAGCAGGGUUUUUUUUUACCUUGGGAUUCACAUACCUCUUGAGGUGGGGGUGGGGAGGAAUUCAAUCUUUAUUUUCA